CUAUAUUCAUCCUAGUAAUAUAAAUAUUAAAAUGACAUUUAAUGAUUAGAACAUUAUCCAAAUUUAUUAACAUAGAUAUAUUUCAAUUUAUAUAUUGUCUUGUAUUUUGAAUUAAACACAAUGGCAUGGAGUUGGGAUACUAUUGAUAUAAUACGUCUCAAAAAACCAACGUAAGUAAAUUAUCAUAGAAUCAAAUUGAAAGUAUAAAUAAAUAUUAAAAAAAUUGGAAACACUUGGAAAAUGUAUCAUUUAAUCAGAGCUUUAGAUAAAGUAAUUGAAAGUAUUCCCAAACCAAAGGGUGCUAUUCCUAAUUUUGGACUACCAAAAUGGAAGGUAAUGCCUUUGGAAUCUAAAAUUCCAAUGGUACCUGGACCAGAAGGUGCCUAUAACUUUAUACGACGUAAAAUAGGGAAAAAAUUGUGGACCAGUUCAUCCGACGCAGAGUUUAAUUUAAAUGAUCCAUAUUGCUAUGAAAUCAAAUUCACAUACGAUGCCUUGCAUGAUGAACAUUUGGUACCAUUCUUUUCAAAUACGAAUAAUAUUAAGCAUUUAUUGAAAGCUGGAUUAAUUACACGUAACUUGGAAGGAAAAUGUUCCUUAAAGGAUUAUAACAUGUACAGAAAAUAUUUAAGAAAUGUACACACUGAUAGAAUUAGACGUGAACUAAGAAAAAGAACAUGCGUUGCUCAUGAAAAACGAGUAUUAGAAUGUACUGAAGAACAAGCACAAAAUGAAGUGAAUAAAUUAAAGAGAAAAGAAAAACUAACAGAGGCACGUAAGGAAAUAUGGGCAGCACAUAAAUUCGAAGAGGAAGCAAAAAUCAAAGCUCAAAGAGAAAAAGCCAAAAAAUUGAGAAAAAGAAUGAAAUUAUUAGAAAUAAGAAAACGUGAAGAACAAAUGAUGCGUGCUGCAAGAGCAAAGGCUCAUUCGGAAAAUAUAAAACAAAAACAGAAAUUGGCUAGUGAAAUUCAGGAGCAAAAAAAGAUUCAUACGAUAGUAGAUUGGCGUAAGAAAGAACAUAUGCGUAAGAAAGCUAGAGAAGCGAGAUUGAAACACAACCAAGAGCAAAAGAUUAUGGCCAUUGAAGAGAAGUAAGUGAUGCUAACAAAUGAUGAUUCAAUGAUUCAUUCAUAUUUCUACGGUAUAUAUCAAUUAUAUUUUAGAUGGAAACUAAGACAUGAAUUGCAAA